AUGCGUAUCCUAUUAUCCGUGCAGUUAUUGAUCGCCGCGAUCUCUGCCAUUGCCUUAAAGGCACCCGUGGUUGCAGAGGAUUUGAAAGCGCUGGUAUCGACGUCGACGUCGGUCUCGGUCGAACUACGAGCAAGAUGGAGUGACUACGAGGCACCCGAGCUAGGAGUUGUCGUAAACGUGACGACAGAGAGAGAUGUCGCCACUGUGGUCAAAUACUGCAAAAAGCUUGGCCUUCCGUUCUUCGCACAGAACGGCGGUAUUGCAUGGAAAACUUUCAACCCAAGCAAAGACGGCGUCCUGAUUAAUCUGGCUGGUCUCAAUCGAGUCACUUUCAGCAAAGAUAGGAAACAAGCAACUAUCGGUGGUGGAGCGCUCGUUAGCGACACUAUCAAAGCGGCGAAUGCGGCAGGUGCACUGGUUUUAACUGGCAACUGUGAUUGCGUUGGUGCUCUUGGAGCUAUGUUGGGUGGUGGGUACGCAGGAAACCUCAUAGGCGAAGUUGGAUUCGGAGUCGACAACAUCAUUUCCAUGCGUGUGGUAAUUGCUUCUGGAGAGGUGAUAACAGUGUCAAAAGAGUCCCACCCCGAUCUUUUCUGGGCACUUCGUGGCGCUGGACCUAAUUUUGGCAUUGUGAUUUCCGCGACAGUCCACGCCUUACCCGCCUCCCCUUCGGAUCGUACCGCCUGGAUCAAUAACUUGUUCUUCUCACCGGACAAGCUGCCUCAGGUUGCGCAAGCAAUCCAGGAUCUCCCACUGACGCCCGAACAGAGGGUUUACUUGGUCUUGACUAGUUCUGGAGCACCAGCAAACACGCCUUCCGUUCUUGUCACAGGUUUGCUGCGCAAGGGAACCGAAGAGACCGGUCGCGCUGCUUUUGCUUCUCUAUAUGCACUUGGUCCUGAGUCAAAUACAAGUAGCGUGGACAGUUAUGAGACAUGGAACGCGGCCAAUACUGGCUUUUGUGUCCGCGGAGACCGCAAGCCAGCCUACAGUACGACUAUCAAUCAUAUGCAACCCGACACAUGGCCUGAGAUCUGGAAGUUGUAUACCGAGUUUCAGAGCAAAGGGCCGAACUCCGCCGUACUGAUUGAACGCUACAACUUGACGAAAGCAGCAUCGGUACCAUCGGGAUCGGCGGCUUUCAAUCAGGCUCUACGUCAUGAAGCCUUUGCACAGGCCAUUGUGAUACCUUGGUACACGGACGCGGCGUUGGAUAGUGAAGCUUUAGCUUUUGGCCAGAAGGUUAGGGAUAUUUGGAGCUUUUCCGAGACUGCGAAGAUGAACCCCACAUAUGCCAACUUUGCCCACGGCGAUGAAUCCCUGGAGGCUAUAUAUGGAUCGAGUCUUGCGCGAUUGAGAACGCUUAAGAAGAAGUGGGAUCCUUCUGGAGCGUUCAACCAAUGGUUUGAGAUC